AUCCACGACUUUAAAUCAUGUGCAGAUGAUGGGAAUGAUGGGGAUGUAGCCUGGUGAUGAGCACAGCUAUGUGGACAGUGAUUUCUUCUUUCUUUUUUGGAAAGAGGUUUGUUCCACAGCCAGGGAAGGCACUAACAUCAGGGAAGAUGCUGACAUGUGGACUCUCCUGGCUCCUCAAAGACUGUGCUUCCAUUGGCAAGCGUUCACAUUUUUGUCACGUUCUAGCAUGGAUUUGAAUAAGAAACCUCCCAGAAUGCUAUAUAAAGGACUUCCAAAGACUCAGUCUGUUAGUAAUCCCUACUGGAAUCACAUAAGGUGAUGAAGAUGGAGACAGGAGAUGAAAUUGCUAUUGUGGGAAUAGCAUGCAACUUUCCCGGAGGUGAAGGAAUUGAGAAUUUCUGGAAAGUGCUGGAGGAAGGCAAGAACUGCACAGUAGAAAUCCCCCCAGAGAGAUUUAAUACCGAAGAGUGGUACGAUCCAGACAGUAACAAGCCAGGAAAAAUGUAUACAACACGAGCUGCUCUUCUCACUGAAUUUAACACAUUUGACAACCAACUAUUUGGAAUAAAUAGUAUGGAAGCUGAAUGCAUGGAUCCACAACAGAAGUUAUUGAUAGAAUGCACAUACAAAGCACUGGAGGAUGCAGGAGUCCCUGUAGAAGCCAUCAGUGGCACCAAAACAGGUGUUUUUGUUGGCCUUAUGAAUCGAGACUUUGAAAUCAUAAGAAGCAAAUCAGUAAGUGAAAUAAAUCACUAUGUUGGUACAGGAACAGCAAUGAGCAUAGCUGCUAAUAGGGUCUCCUUCAUAUUUAAUCUGACUGGACCAUCGCUGACAGUUGACACUGCUUGUUCAUCAUUUCUUUUUGCCCUGCAUUACGCCUUGCGAGCAAUGAAAUCAGGAGAUUGUGAGGCAGCUAUUUGUGGUGGUGUGAACAGCAUAAUAGAUCCCCUCACCUUUGUGUCUCUCAGUAAAGCAAAAAUGAUCUCUCCAGAUGGAAUGAGUAAACCCUUUUCCAAAAAGGCAGAUGGCUACGGAAGGGGAGAAGGCUGUGGUGUUGUUUUCCUCAAACCACUGAAAAAGGCAAUGGAAGACCACAGCAAGAUCUGGGGUGUUAUAAACAUCAGUGCAGUCAAUCAGAACGGUAGGUCUAUAACGCCGAUCACAAGGCCGUCUCAAAUAGAGCAGGAGAAGUUGCUGCGCAGCAUUUAUGAAGGUCAUGUGGAUCCCUCAGUUGUGCAGUAUAUUGAAGCUCAUGGGACGGGAACUGCUGCUGGAGACCCCACGGAAGCUGAAAGCCUUGGCAAUGUCAUCUGUAAAAACAGACCUUCACAAGUUCCUGCUCUGAAAAUUGGUUCGGUGAAAGGAAAUAUUGGCCACACUGAAUCAGCUGCUGGAGCAGCAGGUUUGAUCAAAGUGCUUCUGAUGAUGCAUCAUGGGAAGAUUGUUCCAUCUUUACAUUACUCAAAGGAGAUGAGCAGCAUCGAUACAGAAAAGUUAAACCUUGCCAUUCCCACCGUGGUGGAGCCCUGGGAAGAUUCCGGUGAGUACGGAAGAGUAGCUGGCAUCAACUGCUUUGGAUUUGGAGGAACCAAUGCCCAUGUUGUAGUCAGGCAGGUUAAGCAGCCAGAGCCUCUUCCUGCCUUUAAGAGGCCGCUGGAAUUAGUCCUGCUGUCCGCAGCAUCAGCUAAGUCCCUUCAGAUGACAAUGGCAGACACAGCUGCGCAUCUGAGUACAAGAAACUGCGUAACUCUGCCAAGCCUGGCCUAUACAUCUGCCUGCAGAAGAAGCCAUGCCAACUACAGGUACCGAAAAGCAUUUGUGGCAAACUCUCUCCGACACUUGCAGCAAGAAGUUACGUCGGCAGCAAGCACUGACUUUGCCACGUCAAAGGUGGAGCCUCAGCUGGUGUUUGUGUUCUGUGGCAACGGCGUAACACUGAAGGAGUUCAGUGAGGCACUGCUGAGCUCAGAGCCGGUGUUCAGAGACAAGUGUAAGGAAGUAGAAGCGCUCUUUCGGAAACACGCUCCCAUCAGCCUUCUGCCAGCAAGAGGUCGCAGCUCAAAGGAGUUGCUGAAUCCAGAACUCUCCCAGCCCAUGCUCUUUGCCCUGCAGGUUGCCUUAGCUUCUCUUCUAAAGUACUGGGGCAUUAAGCCAGUGGCUGCAGUUGGCCAUUCCGUGGGGGAAGUUGCCGCAGCACAUUUUGCAGGGUACCUUUCCCUGGCAGAUGCGGUCAAAGUGAUAUAUCACCGGAGCAGGCUGCAGGCCAAGACUGCCAGGGGCAGAAUGCUGGUGGUUGGAAACAUCCCCGUUCAAGAGAUUGCUGAACAUCUGCAUCGCUACUCGGGAAAGGUGUGCAUUGCAGCUUUCAACAGCCCAGUUUCCUGCACCUUGUCUGGAAAUCCAGAUGAUGUGGACUUGGUCCAGAAAGAUUUAGCAGAAGCUUUCAGCCACAGAAACAUCUUUCUUCAUGUCUUGAAUGUCCCAGCUGCCUACCACAGCCCUAGCAUGGAUGUGAUACUUGGGGAGUUGGAGCAGAGCAUAGAGCCUUUAGAAGAACAGAAGGGUGAUGUUGAAGUAAUUUCAACUCUGACUGGGGCAGCUGCUUCUGCAAAUGACUUCAGUCGUGGCAAAUUCUGGGCCCAGCAUACUCGUGAGCCAGUUGCUUUCACUCAAGCCAUAGCGACUGCAGCUAGAGACAGGGAAAAUGUAGUGUUUGUUGAAAUAAGUCCUCAUAGAGCGUUGCAGAGAAAUAUAAAAGAGACUCUAGGGAAAGUCACCAAGGUUUUCCCUUCUCUGCAGUCUGAUGCAGAGUAUCAGGCACUCUUUAGUUUGGUCGGAAAUCUGUUUGAAUUGGGCUAUAAUCCCAACUGGCACCGCUUUUAUGAUGGAUAUCAAAGCAUUCCAGUGACCAUUCCACGAUAUCAAUUUGAUCGUAAAAGAGCUGUGACUUCUCUGGAUACCCGCCAACAAGCAAACCAAAGAGACGUUGGCUCUGGUCAUCCUUUGAUUUAUGUCAUCAACAGUGACAACACGCAGUUUGGCUGCCUGCUCUCCCAGGACACCACAUCCUACUUAUAUGAGCACAAGAACAACGGUGUGGCUUUAGUUCCUGGUGCUUUUUAUGUGGAGCUUGGUCUGGCCUGUGUGAUGAGCAGCUCAGGACCUAAAAUGCCUCUGAGUGCUUGCCAGAUGAACGUCAGUUUUUCAGCGCCCUGCGUUCUCACACAGAGUUCCCAAGUCUUGAAUAUCAAUCUGAGUCCACAAAAUGCAGCAACAGCCUUUGAGAUACUCUCUUCCUCCAACGCAGUUUACGCUUCAGGCCAAGUUAGAAAGGUGCCUGAGGCUGUUGUGGAAGAAAGCACCAUCUCCUUCCAAGAGGUCUAUCACAGAUGCACGUCAGUGAUUAGCACAGAGAAGGUCUAUGAAGCACUGUCUCAGAUUGGCUUUCAGUAUGGCUCCGUAUUCAGGCAGCUCAGGGAUGUGCAUUAUUGCCAGGAACUAAAGGAAGCUAUAACAAGCAUCAAGGUGAACAAGGAGACUCUCAGAGAGAUGUACAGCUACUGUAUCCACCCAGUGCUGCUGGACUGUUUUAUGCAGAUGACUGCUGUCAUGAUCUCGAGCACGCAGCAGUCCAGAGCAGGCUUUCCUUCAGGGAUAGGCAGCCUGGUGGUGCUGCGACCUCUGGAGGAAGAAAUGAUGAUAUAUAUGAGAACAAGCAAAUCCAUUGGGAACUGCUUUGAGGUCUGUGGAUGCUUCAUGGACAAACACGGGUCCGUUUUGGCUGAACUCAAGCGUGUUGCCAUCACUUUCAUGAAACCAGCGUCUUCCAGAGACAAUGAGUUCAUGUUUGAAAACAAGUGGUCAGAAGUUUCUCCGUCAAAGAUGAUUGGUCAUGUAGAAGCAGUGCCUAGAGUCCUAGUGUUUGCUGACAAAUUUGGGAUAGCUGAGCAGCUCAGAAAAUAUUUGCAUCCCGAUUCCAGAUAUGUUAUGUAUGAGGACUGGGAAUCCCUCUUGGAAGUCCAUGCAGGGAAUAAGAUGAAAGCAGAGGUUGAGGAUUACGAUGAAGUUCUCUUCCUGUGGGGAAUUCAAAAGGUGAAUGAAGAGCUCCCAAGUAAGGUGGUCGACCAGCUCUCCAAGUGUUGUGAAGCCUAUCGCCAAGUUAUCGUGGCGUUAAGAGAGAAAAGGUCUCCCUGUUCAAUCCGAGUGAUCAGCUACAGAACAACAGAAAGAAAUGUAGACCACGUUAACUGUGGGUUUGCAUUGCAUGGCAUGACCAGAACUUGUGUUGUUGAAGUUCCAGAAAUCACGUUUCAGAUAAUUGACCUCAGCUCUUCCAGCUCCCUGGACAUCUCAACAUUAUCAGAUGUCCUUGUCAAAUACAGAGGCAAGGAUUAUCCGGAAGUCUACAUCAGCCAAGGAAGAAUUUAUGCAUCUGAAAUCAAACGCACUCCUUUUGUAGAUGAAGAUUACAGCCAGCAUGUACGGUCUCUCCAGAAUUCAGAAACAUUCACUUUGUACACUGCUGAUCCAUACUCAGCAAAAGACUUGUCUGCUGAACUAUCCACCAGCACUGCUACUCAGCUGGAAAAUCAAAGUGUUGAGAUUCAAGUGGAUAAGAUCUGUAUCCACUCUGAAGAUUAUUUUCCCAUUAGUGUUUCUAGUCGUAACUUUGGCAAUGCACUCUACUGGAAUUCCCAAGCAGCAGACAAACACAGACUUUUAGCUCUUGAUUUCAGUGGCACAGUCAUUGCAAUAGGCACAGCUGUGAAGAAGGUUAAAGUGGGUGAUCGCGUGGUUUCAUGUUAUCCGGCAGCUGCAUCAUCCAGAAUUCAGGUCCCAGGAACUGUUUGUUUAAAUGUAAAGAAAUUUCCGUGCUUUCAGACCGUCCCUUGUGUGUCCUACUUCAUCAUUGCAUGGGAGAUCUUAAAUCAGAGGUUACCCAAGGGGAAGCACGGCAGAACUUUGGGAAUUAUUUCUACAGAACCAUCAUCAGUGUUAUGCCGUGUUCUUUCUGUGGCAGCAGAAGAGGUGGGCUGGAAAACAGUACUUGCAAGGCCCACUCCUGAUAUGUUGCAGCAUAUAAAUGCAUGCAAUGCCCUUGUUGUUCUUCCUUCAGUAGGGAGACUGUCUCAGGAGGAUUUGGCACACAUGUACGGUCUGAAAGAUGUGGUGAUAGUAUGUGGCCAUCAGCAAUCGGAAUGUAUUCAGAGCGUCAGUGGACUUGAUCAUGAACAUAUCAGCUUUCAUAUUCUCAUCCUUAGCAGUAUCUUCCAGAAGGCAUCUCUAAAGGAACUGCAAAAGGCGGUGCGGGUGUGGAUCGGUUCUUUAGAUAUGAAACGGUUUAGACAUCUACCAGGCUCUGUCUUCCAGCAAACUGAGAACUUUGAAAGGCCGCAGUCUGUGGUGUGCUCUUUUACCUGCAAAUCUGUCCCACUUGCUGUACUGCGAAAGCAGAAGGACAUCCCUGUUCUUUCAGAUAUCCCAUUGUAUGGAUCUGAGAAGAAGAUAUUUAAGCCGAAGGCUGUUUACGUAGUAGCAGGGGGGCUCACUGGCCUUGGCUUUGAAACUGUGAAAUUCAUUGCGGCGAAUGGAGGAGGGUGUAUUGCAAUACUGUCCAGGAAACUUCCGAGCAAGGAGAAGCAAGAAGAGAUGAGGGAUUUGCAGAUGAAGUAUGAAGGCAGCAAAAUAGUGUUUGUGCAGUGUGACAUUACUUUGACCAGCGAUGUUGAGGAAGCUUUCCAGAUCAUUGCAAAAUUAUUUGACGGGUGUCCAAUCAAAGGUGUCUUUCAAAGUGCUGUUGUUUUACACGAUGGUCGUCUUGAAGUUCUGAAGUUUGCUGACUUUCAGAAAGUGCUAAGCCCCAAAGUGGCCGGGACCCUAAAUCUUCAUUGGGCUACAAGAGGCCAACAGCUUGACUACUUUGUGUGCUACUCCUCCAUUACUUCCUUUCUAGGAAACUCCACGCAGGCAAACUACGCAGCUGCAAACUCUUUCCUGGACGUCUUCUGCCUCUACAGGAGGAACUGUGGUCUUUCGGGCCAGUCCAUCAACUGGGGUGCUUUGAACCUUGGCAUAUUGCUCAAUCAAAACCAGAUUCAGAACAUUCUGGGAUCCAAGGGCAUAGAUAUUCUGGAAGUGCAUGAGAUUCAUGAGUAUCUCAAGAAGAGCUUACUUUCAAAUAACCCUCAGCAAGCUGUUGUCAAAUUAAAUUUUUCAACUUUAUUUAAUCAUGUUUUUACUCGGAUUAUUUCACUUAAAAAUCGGUUUACAUCACUCAUGUCAGAAGAAUUUGGAAGCAAGCUUGAAACCCCUGAGAAAUCUCAAGUCCAGGAUACUGCUUCAGUCAAGUCUGAAGACUAUAUUACCUCACUGAUGGCUGACCUCACUGGACUGAACCCAGAUGAACUGGCCAUGAAUACUCCUCUUUCAUCAUUGGGCAUAGACUCUAUGUUAGCCAUGACAAUUCAGAACCGCGUCUUUCAAGAAAGAAAGGUGGACAUACCUCUUCUGAAACUACUUGAUCCUCACACCACUCUGUCAAGUUUAGUAGUAGUUUUAGGAGAAACAACCAAUGCAGAUGGAACUGUAGAGAAAAAAAUGUCUGCAGUUGCAAGUGGAGAACAUGAGAUUCGGCUGUAGGAAUCAUUUCUCUCAAUAAUUAUCUAAAGAUGAUUAGACCCUUUGCAGGAUCUCAGUAAUUUUCUGUUUCUUGUUACAGGUAUAAAUUGGACAUCUUUUUAAUGACUGUUUUUAGAUGUUGUGAAUUUAAGGGUUUUCUUUUUCAACAAUUUAGAAUUUGUAUUUUGCUUAUACAAAAAUUUUAAAAAUUGUCAGUAAAACAACUGUAUUUGCUAGCCUUUUAUGAAAGAUCAUAUAAAUGAAAAUAGUAACAUUUUUAAAAAUGCAAAACUGCAAGUGUAUCUCUGUGCUGUUUUAGUUUUUAUCCUUCCUGCACCCUCCAAUUUUAAAUGUUCCUAAUAACAACAAUUGCCCUUACUUUACUUCCAAGAGAAAAUACUAACUUUCCCCGUAGUACACUGAGGAAACAUUGUCAAUAAUUGAUUAAAAUGAGGACAGUGUCCUUGUAUUGUUUAUCCAUUUUAUAUCCAGUUACCACUUCCCAUCAGAUUUCUCUUGCAGUUCUGGCAGCAUCUGGACUUACCCUAAUACAGAGGUGGCACAUCACCUGGCUGAGAAGGGAAGCCACCUCUGUAAUAGUGGAACUAAUGCAUGGCUUGAUUGCAUGCUAAUGAGCAUGGACGUCACUUACAGAAAGAACACAUCCAUCCCCUGAAGCCGUCUCUUCUUCAAGCAAAACAAGCACAGUUUCCUCAGGAACUCCUCAUAGCUCUGGUGCUCCAGUUCCUAACCAUCUUGAUGACCCUCUGGCUGAAGUCGAGUUUAUUGUCAGUAUCUUUCAUAAAUUGGGCAGGCGGCUGUGAUUUGUUCAAAACUGAACCAGCAUUAGAUCCUUUUGUUAUUUUAUGUGAGAAAAGGUCAUUUGCACACCCAUGAAGAGCAGAAAGAGUCAAUGGUAGGUGAUGGAGCCUAGUUUAUUUCCCUCCCAUGGCUGUGCCCAGGCCUAUCAUAAGAAGAAUUCACCUAUUAAAGGCCCCUCCCCAUACAUCCAAAGGAGCACAGAGAGCACAAAGGCACAGUGACAACCAAGAAGCCAAAUUAAGGACUCAGAGGAAGAGAUAUCCUGCUUGGGACCAUCUCAGUGCUAUCUCAGGGGAGCCUCAGCCCCUGUGUCAAGGUAUGACAGCCAUCAAGAUCAGACUAUACUGGAACAGCCUUUGAACUGAGGGCGGUUACUGCCUAGGGCUAGUGGGAUGCCUCAUGGUACUCAGGGAAAGAAUAUUUCAGGACUGCACUUGUGUGUCAUUUAGGAGAAAAACACAAGUUUAUAAAAGGGAGGGAUCUAGGUGAUUUGAGGAACAACAAGCAUGGGGGACAGAGGGAUAAGGAGAUAAAGCAAGCCUGUUGUGUGGCAGCAGAUGGCUGAUCAUUACAUUUGGCCAUGCUUUAUAGCUGAUCAGUAUAUCUACCCUUCUGUCCUAUCUUCUUCCUAAGUUCCUUUCAAUCUCUUCUCCUGGGUGAAAGACUCUCUAACUUGUGUGUAUGCGUAUGAUGUUACUGAUAUAGGUAAGAAACUGUGUGUUUCAGGGUAGAGCUCUGAAGAACUCUGCUUGUAACUGGUCUUUGGAAAGAAUGUGAACCUUCACUUUUUGAACCUGAUGAUGCAGCCAAUUUUUCACCACAGGACUAGUCCACUCAAUGAGAGCAUAAUAUCCCAACUAGUAGUAGCUGCCAAGAGUGCCAGCUCAACAAAUGCUACCUCUUGUCCUCUCUUUUGCUUCAAAUAUGAAGAAAAAGUCAGGCACACUUACUACGGACAGGCAUGAUUAGCUUUUCUUAUUUGACCGAGGCACAUGAAACCUCACUGAAGAAAUCAUAUAGGGAGCAAUCAAGUCCCUUGCAGAAUGAGAAGUAUGAAAGAUGGCUAUUUCUCAGAGGCAGCCCUCAUUGCAAAUGUCCCUUGGUCCUUUGGAUCUCAUUGCAAAAUGUCUCUUGGUCCUUUGGGUGCGUGAUUAUCUCACAACGAUGAAGCCCCAGAAUGGCUUGGCAGAUGAUUUCUUUCCAGUAGUUUCAUCAUGACUGGCAGUAGCAGACACAACUGCCUUUGACUGCUGGAACUACUGCAAAAGAAUUAGCAAAUGAGUGUUCAAGGAAUCCAGUGUAGGACAGUUGCUGACAAAAUCCUUGAUAUUCAAGAAGUGUCCUGAAAUCCAUCCCCUUAUAUUCUGAAACUGUUCAACUGGCUGUUUCAUCAGAAUCAGGAAGGGGAAGCAAGAUAUAUAUGUUGAUGCAGUAUGAUGACCAGAAUUAGAUAUCCUAAUUAUUACAUGAUUUAGCAGAGCUGGGGAAGGGAGAUCUGUCAGGUCUUUCAGUCAUGCUUUGAAUAGGGGGGCUAAAUCUCAAGGGUGUAGUAUUGCUGAAUGAUUUAAGUUGGAAAUGACCUCUGGCAGCCAUCUGGUCAAGCCUGUUGGCCACAGUAAGGCCGCCAGUUGGAUUGCUUGUAGCCUAUUCUUGU